UUUCUUGCAACAACACCUCCGCCGUACUGUUUUUUUUUUCAUGUGAUAUUUCAAGCGAUAAAUGAAAUAUGAUUGAAGCACUCGCCUAGAAACCGAAAAAAGUGUUUGUUAAAAUCAAAAGAAAGCCGCAGACCCGUGGACGGGCGCGAGAAAGGUGUCGCCGUGUAUUUACAUAUAUAUUGAUGUGUGUGAGUGUAUGUGACGUUUACAGCAGCAAAAAGUUCGGUGGUGUCGACAAAAUUUGGAAGUUAUUUUUGAGUUUUAAUGGAUUCCCGUGUAUUUCUAAUUCAGGCCAAAACGCGUAAGAAACAAUUAGCAGCAGCAGCAGCAGCAACAACAACAUCAGCAACAGUCGCAGAGGCAUAAGAAAUACAACAAAAAAAAGCAGCAACACCCACCACCCGCGGCACCCAUAACGGUUUAUUCACAGUAGCAGCAGCAGCAGCAGAAGCAGAGGCAGAGGAGAAGAGCAGGCAGUUCUGUGAUCUGUGAACCUGCGCAUUAUGUGGAGCAAUAUGCGGCGGUCUUAGGAACGCGAAGAAAGGAUACAUUUACAUUCAAGUAAAUAAAAACGAAAGGAUACUUUGCUGGAUAAUCUCUUUGACCUAGAAAAUCUAGGAGGCAAGACUAAGGGAUUCGUUUUGGGACACGGGUUGGGUGUAAUAGACUGAGACUGGUUCUUUGUCAGCAGAAAAUGACCCUGACCACAACGACCACUGCCUCAUCAGCCGAGAGCCAAGCAAAAAUGGAUGUUAAGGGCGGCGAUCCAGUACCUCCAGGUGAAGAGAAUCUUCCCACUUCCGAGAUGGAUCUGCUGGCCAAGUUGGAGGCGGCCAAUAAGCUCAUCGAGAGCGAUGCCAAAUCCCUUAACUCUCUGCACUCAACGCACAGUCGCAAGAACUCGGAUACGAGUCAGAUAAGUCUCACAUCGAGCGGCAAUUCGGUGGCCGAGGAGGAUGUAUGGACGACGUGGGCCACCAUUUUGUAUGACUGGGAUGGCGCCCUCAAGCGCAAGAAUCCCUGUGUGAGUGAACUAGUUCGUCGUGGUAUUCCGCAUCAUUUCCGGGCAAUUGUUUGGCAACAAUUAAGUGGAGCUGCCGAAGCUGACAAGAAGCAGUAUGCUGAAUAUAUUAAGGCGACCAGUGCUUGUGAGAAGGUGAUCCGACGGGAUAUUGCACGCACCUAUCCCGAGGUGGAUUUCUUCAAGGAGAAGGAUGGACCCGGGCAGGAGGCCCUGUUCAAUGUGAUCAAGGCAUAUUCCCUGCACGAUCGUGAGGUUGGCUAUUGUCAAGGAUCUGGCUUUAUCGUUGGCUUACUCCUCAUGCAAAUGCCCGAGGAGGAGGCCUUUGCCGUGCUGGUUCAGAUAAUGCAACAGCAUCGGAUGCGUCACAUGUUCAAGCCAUCGAUGUCGGAGCUGGGAUUGUGCAUGUAUCAGUUGGAGAGUUUGGUGCAGGAGCAGAUACCCGAUAUGCAUAUACACUUCCAGCAGCAGGGCUUCCAGACGACCAUGUAUGCCUCCAGCUGGUUCCUCACCCUGUAUACCACAACAUUGAAUGUGAAUCUCAGUUGCCGCAUUAUGGAUGUAUUCCUUAGCGAGGGCAUGGAAUUUAUUUUCAAAGUGGCAUUGGCCUUGCUUCUAACCGGAAAGGAGACGCUGCUCUGCUUGGACAUGGAGGCCAUGCUAAAGUUCUUCCAAAAGGAGCUACCAGGUCGAGUUGAAGCGGACGUAGAGGGUUUCUUCAACUUGGCCUAUUCCAUCAAGUUGAAUAGCAAGCGAAUGAAGAAAAUGGAGAAGGAGUAUCAGGAUCUCAAGAAGAAGGAGCAGGAGGAAAUGGCGGAACUCAGGCGUCUGAGACGGGAGAAUUGCCUGCUGAAGCAGCGAAAUGAGCUGCUGGAGGCCGAGAGUGCAGAAUUGGCGGAUCGUUUGGUGCGUGGACAGGUUUCCAGGGCCGAGGAGGAGGAAACUAGCUUUGCCAUUCAGACGGAACUGAUGCAGCUGCGACGCUCCUACCUGGAGGUAUCCCAUCAUCUAGAGAAUGCCAACGAGGAGGUUCGUGGUCUUAGUCUUCGACUACAGGAGAAUAAUGUGUCCAUCGACAGCAACAACUCUCGUCAGUCAUCCAUUGAUGAGCUCUGCAUGAAGGAAGAGGCUCUCAAGCAGCGCGAUGAGAUGGUCUCCUGUCUGCUGGAAGAGCUCGUUAAGGUGCGCCAAGGACUCGCCGAGAGCGAGGAUCAGAUACGUAACCUCAAGGCCAAGGUGGAGGAGCUGGAGGAGGACAAGAAAACGCUGCGGGAGACGACGCCCGAUAAUUCGGUGGCCCAUUUGCAGGACGAACUGAUUGCCAGUAAAUUGCGUGAGGCGGAGGCAUCGCUCUCACUGAAGGAUCUCAAGCAGCGGGUCCAGGAGCUGAGCACCCAAUGGCAGCGUCAGUUGGCCGAGAAUCAGCGCAGCGAAACCGAACGCACCACCAAUGCGGUGGAUUCCACACCCAAAAAACUGCUAACGAACUUCUUUGAUAGCUCCAAGAGCAGUGAGCAUACACAGAAGCUCGAGGAGGAGCUGAUGACGACACGCAUUCGAGAGAUGGAGACACUCACCGAGCUCAAGGAGCUGCGCCUUAAGGUAAUGGAGCUGGAGACGCAGGUUCAGGUGUCCACCAAUCAGCUGAGGCGACAGGAUGAGGAGCACAAGAAGCUCAAGGAAGAGCUCGAAAUGGCCGUUACCAGGGAGAAGGAUAUGGCCAAUAAGGCACGCGAACAGCAACACAGAUACUCGGAUCUGGAAUCUCGCAUGAAGGAUGAGCUAAUGAAUGUGAAAAUUAAAUUCACCGAGCAAAGCCAAACGGUGGCCGAACUGAAACAGGAAAUUUCACGUCUGGAGACCAAGAACUCGGAAAUGCUCGCCGAGGGGGAACUGCGUGCCAAUCUUGAUGACUCGGAUAAGGUGCGCGACCUGCAGGACAGGCUGGCCGACAUGAAGGCGGAGCUGACGGCACUGAAGAGUCGUGGCAAAUUUCCCGGCACCAAAUUGCGCAGUUCGUCAUCGAUACAAUCGAUCGAGUCCACGGAGAUCGAUUUCAACGAUCUGAAUAUGGUGAGGCGUGGCAGCACGGAGCUGUCCACAUAACCUAACUCUAUCUAUAUAUACAUCGAGGGAUAUAUAUAUGUGAUUACGGAUCAGCGACAGCGACAUCGGAAACAGGAAGUAAAUGUUUAAGAUGGAAAUGGAGAGGAAGUAGUAGUUGCAAACCCAUUACAAUAUUAUUUAUGUCUUAUAAUCUGUUUAAUUCCCGUAUUUAAUUUUUAAUAUAUAUAAAUAUUUUUUUUGCAAUAA